AUGAACAGAUUUAAUUUAUCUAUCUAUCUAUCUAUCUAUCUAUCUAUCUAUCUAUCUAUCUAUAUAUAUAUAUAUAUAUAUGAACAGACACUAUCUAUGCAAGCCUUCCCUGUCGGUUUCUAUCUAUCUAUCUAUCUAUCUAUCUAUCUAUCUAUCUAUCUAUCUAUCUAUCUAUUAUUUCUUCCAUUAUUUCUUUUCGUCUUUCUUUCGUUCUUUUUCUUUUCUUUUUUUCUAUUUCUUACGUUUUCUUUCUUUCAUUUUCAUUUCCACUCAUUAAAUUUUCUUUCUUUCUUUCUUUCUUUCUUUCUUUCUUUCUUUCUUUCUUUCUUUCUUUCUUUCUUCGUCUUCAUUUCUUUCUUUCGUUCUUUUUCUUUUCUUUUUUCUAUUUCUUUCUUUCUUCCAUUAUUUCUUUUCGUCUUUCUUUCGUUCUUUUUCUUUUCUUUUUUUCUAUUUCUUUCGUUUUCUUUCUUUCAUUUUCAUUUCCACUCAUUAAAUUUUCUUUCUUUCUUUCUUUCUUUCUUUCUUUCUUUCUUUCUUUCUUUCUUUCUUUCUCGUCUUCCUUUCUCGUCUUCCUUUCUCGUCUUCCUUUCUUUUCUUUUUUUUCGUCUUCAUUUCUUUCUUUCGUUCCUUUUUUUUUUUUUUCUAUUUCUUUUCGUUUUCUUUCUUUCAUUUUCAUUUCCACUCAUUAAAUUUUCUUUCUUUUCUUUUCUUUCUUUCUUUUCUUUCUUUCUUUCUUUUUCUUUCUUUCUCGUCUUCCUUUCUCGUCUUCCUUUCUUUUGUUUUCUUUAA